UCUUACUUUCACUUCCACAUGACUACAAAUAUUUCCUCUUCAUGACUUCUUCCCUUACUCCACUCCUUUUAUAUUGUUCUGUUUUCUCCAUUUUCUUUCCCUUUCACCACCUCUUCCCCUUUUAUGUUUUAUCCUCCAGACGACAGUAAUAGAAUAUGUCAAGCCGUCUGAUCUGAAGAAAGACAUGAACGAGACGUUCAAGGAGAAGUAUCCCCACAUUAAACUCACCCUCAGCAAGAUACGCAGUCUGAAGAGAGAGAUGAGAGUAGUCGGGGAGGAUUGCGACAUACAGCCCGUCACCAUAGCGAUGGCGUUUGUCUACUUUGAGAAGUUGGUGCUGCAGGGUCGACUGAAUAAACAGAACAGGAAGUUGGUGUCAGCUGCUUGCAUCCUACUGGCUGCUAAGAUCAGCAGUGACCUGAAGAAACAGGAAGUCAAACACUUAAUUGAUAAGCUGGAGGAGCGUUUCAGGAUCAGCAGGAGGGAGCUGAUAUCGUUUGAGUUCACCAUCCUGGUCGCCCUGGAGAUGGCGCUCUACCUCCCGGAGAGCAAGGUCAUGCCCCAUUACAGGAAGCUGGUGCAGCAGCAGCAGUCCUAGCACCAACCCCCCCCCCCCCCAUGAAGACUCUUAGCACCCUCCAGCUCCACAAUGUGGCGGCUGGACAGGUCCGUGCCUGGCUCAGAGGCACUGAGGCACCGAGGAAUCCUCCUCCUCUCAGUGAAGACACGGAGCCCAUCCACACUGUGACAGUAGUGCGACAGCAGUGCCUGGCUCAACGGCACGGCAGCGCAGAGAGCACCAUCGGCCUCUCUGCUCCCUCAAACACCAAAGUGACAACACACUGUGACGCACGGUGCCUGGCUCAGCGGCACCACGGGAGACACUGAAGGCCACUGUACCGCCACACUUCAAAUCCUCUUUCUUACAGGAUUGUAGUUUUUUUUUUUUUUUUUUUACCUCACUAGCUUGUUUGCUGAGAUUUUAGAAACAGAGAAUCUCUGAGGACAGCUGCUUGAAUCUUGUGCGACAGAUUUAGGUCAUUUCAGUUCAAUUUGAGUUUACGUUUUGCAAAGCUCUGUUUACCAGUCGUCCUUUCUAAAAUCUCUGCAGUUAAGAAUGUGAGGAACUAUUGGCUAA